AUGAUUAGUGAAGACCAUAGGCUAGAUUCUUCUCCAGGAGCCUCCAGAUCCAGUGGGGCAAAUGUUGCCGAAAGCUCGAACCAACCUCGUAGAGGAUUCCGUCAGUCCCUGCGGAAAUUGAAGAAUGCGUUAACCAAAAAACUUCCUAAACGCUUCAAGCGAACAAGCAACCGCACCACUGCGGUCCAAAACGUUGAAACCGAAGGGGCUUCAUCGAGUCAGAAAGUCGAGUCCUUCGGUUUUCUUAGAGGCGCACAGGACACGUUGCAUCUUCAUCUUUCCGACGACAACAAGCAUCCCACCGCAUCUGAGAUUCCCAGCGACUCUAUGAACCAAGGGCUGUCCGAAGAGCCUGCUUUACAGCAUGAGACUGCUCGGAGGACAUGCGACUUCUAUGGCAUCCGCCGCCAACAAGGCCCCAGCGGGUCUCGCUGCCGCGGACGAUUUUGCAACGACGUAUCUCCGACCCUUAAAGAUUAUCAAUGCUUUCCUUGA